CCUAAGUAGAAGAAAAGCCAACUAAAACAACCAUUACGUGAGAAAUGCUAGUCCAAGGAAGGAAACCCACUAAAAAAAUGGAGUUAAGUACUUUCCUUCAAAAGAAGCAGCAUAUCAAUAAGCUACCUUCGAGCUUCGAGAUUGUCGGCAAAAUUAUAGAUAGUUGGGUAUAAACACAGCUGUUCCUAUCAAAUCGGAGAGGGGUUAUCCAAGCAGUAGAGGAGAUCAACGAGAUGCUGAAAUUUUGGAUCCCGAUCUUAGCAAUUAGGGGUUUAAUUUCCUUGUUCUUCACGCACUUGGAGUAUAUAAAUAUACUUCCCCUGCUCAGUUUCGGAGGAGGAUAUACACAAAAACCUAGCCGAAAAUCAUACAAAGAACAAGGGAAUUUGAGUGAGUCGUAAUUGGGCAAUUAACGAAGAGAAGAUAGCCAUUGGAGGGAAGCUUAGUCUCAAUUCCAAGGUUGAACAAGGUCGACGGUGAAUAGUAGGGUCGAAGCCGAGGUUCUUUCGGAAGUUCUUGGGAGUAUACUUAAUAAGUGCAUGAGUGGUGGCACACCUAAUCCUAAACUCAAGCGAAUCAGGAAAUAUAUUGAUUCGGUAAACAUCAUAAGUCAAGAGAGAUUAAUCCACGCUUUUCAAAUUGAUCAACCAGAAGAAGUGAAACCAGAGGACGUUGAAUCAACAGAAGAUAGUCUAGAAGGAGCAAAAAUGGGUGAAAGAACCUUGAAGGAGAUGGCAGCCCCAAAUACGGGCGAUGAUCCUCUCUGCAUUGUGUUUCCAAAGUUGGACAAACCCCUCAAACUGAAUUCAGGUUUCCUUAAUCUUCUUCCCAAAUACUAUGGGAAGUCAGGUGAGAAUCCUCAUCGACAUUUAAAAGAGUUUAAGGUUGUUUGUUCUUCUAUGAAUCUUGAAGGAGUUGAACAAGAUCAUAUUAGAUUGCAUGCUUUUCCUUUUUCUUUGCAAGAUGUGGCUAAAGAUUGGUUGUAUGAUCUUCCUGCUGGAUCAAUUACGACUUGGAAUGUUAUGGCAUCAACUUUUCUACGAAAGUACUUUCCAGCAAGUCUAAUUGGAUCCAUCGGGAAGGAGAUAUGUGGCAUUAGGCAGCAUGAUAAUGAGUCCUUAUAUGAGUAUUGGGAACGUUUUAAGAGAUUGUGUUCCUCCUGUCCCCAACAUCAGAUUAGUGACCAACUAUCAAUUCAGUACUUUUAUGAAGGCCUAUUGCCUACUGAUAGGGGUAUGAUAGAUGCUUCGAGUGGGGGGGCACUAGUGGAUAAAACACCAACCCAAGCUAGGGCUUUAAUUUCUAAUAUGGCUCAGAACACCCAACACCAUGGUACUAGAAAUGAUGUUAAAAAAGUAAAUGGAGUUGAUUUAAGUGGUAUUCAGAAUCAAUUACAAGAAAAUGCUCAACAAAUUGCUACUUUAACUACUCUUGUGUCUAAAAUUGUUGCUAGUAAUGAGUCUAAAGCUAGAGUGUGUGGAAUUUGUUGUAAUGAGUCUCAUCCUACUGAUAAAUGUCCUGACUUGCAUUCUGAGGAUGUGAAUGCUAUAGGUGGUUAUUCUGGUCAAAGAAAAUAUGAUCCUUACUCACAAACUUAUAAUGAAGGUUGGAAAGACCACCCUAACCUAAGGUAUGGAAAUAGACCACAACUUCCACAAUCUAAUUAACCAAGGCAAUAUGGUCAACAAAAUCCACCACCCCAAUCUGGUCCUUCACUAGAAGAUUUAGUUAAGCAACUAACAAAUCAAAUAGGGCAAGUCCAUAACCAAGGUGUUGAGUAUCAAAAGAAAACUGACACGCGCCUUCAUCACAUAGACACUCAAAUAGGUCAGAUUUGCACUUCUCUAAGUAAUCUUGAAACUCAGCUUUCAGGUAAACUUCCAUCACAAACAAUCCCUAAUCCCAAUGGUCAUGUUAAAGCUGUCACACUUAGGAUUGGUAAAGUGUUAACUGAACCUAAAAUGAAAAGUCGUGAAGUUGAAAAAGAGAUAGAAGUCAAUCCUAAAGUUGGAUCAGGGGAAAGAGUGAAAAGUGAGGGUAUAAUGCAGGGAAGGGUAAAACUGAAAAUAAUUCUGUUGUUCCUCGCUUUAAAGAUUUGCCCCCUUUCUCUUCUCGCUUUGCUAAGGCUAAGAAAGAGAGUCUUGACAAUGAAAUUCUAGAAACUUUUAGGAAAAUUGAAGUCAAUAUUCCCCUUCUUGAUGCUAUUAAACAGGUACCUCAUUAUGCAAAGUUUCUUAAGGAACUUUGUACUAACAAAAGACAGUUUCGUCCUUCUCAAAAGGUAAGUAUGGGGGAAAAUAUUUCAGCUAUUAUUCAAAAGAAGCUUACCCGUAAGUGUAAGGAUCCUGGCAUGUUUUGUAUUCCUUGCAAAAUUGGUGAUUCUAAGUUUGAAAGGUGUAUGUUAGAUUUAGGAGCCUCCAUUAACGUUAUGCCGAAAUCUGUUUAUGAUACUUUAAAUGUGGGUUCUUUGUCUAAAACUGAUAUUGUUAUUCAGUUAGCUGAUAGAUCUAACACAUUUCCAAUAGGAGUUUUAGAAUAUGUACUUGUGCAAGUGAAUGAAUUGGUAUUUCCUGCUGAUUUUUAUGUUCUUGUUAUGGGUGAUAGAAGCGAUAGUGUUCCACUGUUGUUAGGUAGACCAUUCCUAAAAAUUUCUAAGACUAAAAUUGAUGUUCAAAAGGGUAACUAACUAUGGAAUUUGAGGGGGAAAUGAUUAAAUUUAAUAUUUUUGAUGCUAUGAGAUACCCAAGUGAUAUCAAUAAUGUCAGUUCUAUAGAUACUUUUGAUGCUUUUGAUUGGAUGGCUCAGGAGGAGGCUUUUAGAGCUUUGUAACCACCGGUUUUAAAGGCUCUUAAAUGGCUUUUAAAUGGCUGUUUAAAGCUCUUGUAACCACCGGUUUUUAGCUUAUUGUUUAGGCUAUUUAUAGCCAGCUUGUUGAAUGGAAUAGAACAACCAAUUUUGAAGAAUAAACACUUGUUUUCAGUUUACUUUGAACUAUUGAUUAUAAUUCAACCUUUUCUUUGUUUUGGACGUGUUUCCUACUCAAAGAGCCGAUUGUGAGUCAAUCGGUCUUGCCUUUCAAUCACGUUUGACAAGCUAUAGGUCCAGCUUGUUAAUCAACUAUCCUUACUCAUACAACGAGUUUUUAAACUUGUAUCAUUUGUGGUAUCAGAGCUGCUGUUCGUGAUUCUUACGAGCUAAAAUGGAUUUUGACGAUCCUGGCUUUCUACAACAUCUCCAAGAAGCCUUGAAAAACGUUCGAGAUGCGGGAUUUUGAAGGCAUCCUAGACGUGAUCCACUACGGGUUGUGGAUGAAUUCAAAGUCACGGAACUUCCUGAAUUUGUUGGUGGAACAGAUCCGGAAGCUUAUAAAAUGGGAGCGCAAGAUAGAGCGAAUGUUCGAUUUCAAGGACAUUAAUGAUGAGAAGCGUUGUAAGUAUUCCAUAUUGAAGCUAGGAUGAGGAGCUUCAUUGUGGUUCGAAGGACUGACAUCUAAGAGAAUUCGUGAUGGGAAGCUACAUAAAAGGUAUGUGCCAACAACUCAUAGAAUAACAACUUAUCGUAAAAUUGUUGAAUUGAGGCAAGGGAAAAUGAGUGUGGCUGAAUAUAUUGAUGAGUUUGAAAAGUUGUCCUUAGUGGGGGAAAUUGAGGAGAUUGAGGAACAAAACUGUCUAGAUUUUUAAGGGGUUUAAACUACAAUAUUGCCAAUACCGUAGAACUUUAUCCAUAUUCUGAUUUUGAUACUCUUUGUGGACUUUGUUUAAAAUUGGAAAACCAAGGGAAAGCAAAAUAUGGGGGGGGGGUCAAGUAUGGAUGGUAAGGUCAAGUCUUGGUCUAAAUCCCAACCUAUCUUGAAACCAAACACAUCACCUAGUAUCGUAGGUUCAAGUAAUUCUACGGCUGCCCCAAAAUUAGUUAACUCAACCAAAGAAACAAGUCUGUCCAAGGUGCACUAUUUUAAGUGUCAAGGGUUUGGGCAUGAUCAAAAUGCGUGUCCAAAUAAACAGGUAGUGACCUUGAGAGAAGCUGUUGAAUGCGGUGAGAGAGGAGAAGAGGUUGGGGAUGUAUUUGUGUUUGAUGAGAGUGGCGAUGAAGAGGAGGAGGAGGGGUAUGAGGCUCCAGUUUAUGACACAAAUCUGGUUCUUAGAGCUCUACAAACCCAAAUUGCAUCUACUGUUUCGGACCAACGAGAUCAGUUGUUUCAUACUAAAUGUCUAGUGAAAGAUAAGUGGUGUAGUGUGAUUGUUGAUGGGUGGAGUUGCACCAAUGUUGCUUAUAGUGAGAUGGUUUCGAAAUUAGGCUUAAUCACUACAGUCCAUCCUAGGCCAUACGCACUCCAGUGGCUCGAUGAUGGUAAUAGUGUGAAGGUGUCGAAACAAGUAAGUGUUGGUUUGGCUAUUGGUUCGUAUGUGGAUGAGAUUCUUUGUGAUGUUAUUCCUAUGGAUGCUUGUCAUAUUUUGUUGGGUCGUCCUUGGUAGUUUGAUAGGAACGUGGUUCACAAGGGGAGAAGCAACGAGUAUGAAUUGAGAGACAAAGGCAAGAAGAUUAUGCUAAAGCCUAUGUAAUCACAAGCGGUUCGAUCCAUGAGUGUGCAGCAAAAAAAGAAGCUGAAUCUCACCAUGUUGGCUAGUGAACGAGAGAUUGAGCAAGCUCUAGAUCAUGGAGAGUUGGUGUAUUUGCUCGUGGCUAAGGAAAGUUCGAUCGAAGGCCAAAAUUGGAAAGAAGGCAGUCCUAUUGCCGAGUUGCUUUUUGAGUUCAAGGAUGUAUUUCCCGAUGAAUUACCACUACGUUUUCCUCCUAUUCGUGGUAUUGAACAUCAAAUUGAUCUUGUUCGAGGAACUUCUUUGUCUAAUAAGGAUGCUUAUCGUUGCAAUCCGGAGGAAACAAAGGAGUUGCAAAAACAAAUUGAUGAACUUUUGAGUCGAGGCUAUGUUAAAGAAAGUUUGAGUCCAUGUGAUGUUCCGGUGUUGCUUGUGCCUAAGAAAGAUGGGACAUGACGUAUGUGUGUUGAUAGUAGGGCUAUGAAUAACAUUACCAUCAAGUAUCGUUUUCCAAUUCCGAGACUUGAUGAUAUGUUAGAUGACCUCCAUGGUUCGAAGUUGUUCUCAAAAAUUGAUUUGCGGAGUGGUUAAUAAUGGAAGAAGCAACGAGUAUGAAUUUAGAGACAAAGGCAAGAAAAUUGUGCUAAAGCCUUUGUCAUCUCAAACGGUUCGAUCCAUGAGUGUGAAGCAAAAAAAGAAGCCGAAUAUCACCAUGUUGGCUAGUCAACGAGAAAUUGAGCAAGCUCUAGAUCAUGGAGAGUUGGUAUAUUUGCUCGUGGCUAAGGAGAGUCCAAUCGAAGGCCAAAUCGGAAAGAAGACAGUCCCAUUGCCGAGUUGUUGUUUGAGUUCAAAGAUGUAUUUCCCGAUGAAUUACCACCAGGUUGCCUCCUAUUCGUGGUAUUGAACAUCAAAUUGAUCUUAUUCCAGGAACUUCUUUGCCUAAUAAGGCUGCUUAUCGCUGCAAUCCGGAGGAAACAAAGGAGUUGCAAAAGCAAAUUGAUGAACUUGUGAAUCGAGGCUAUGUGAGAGAAAGUUUGAGUCCAUGUGCUGUUCCGGUGUUGCUUGUGCCUAAGAAAGAUGGGACAUGGAGAAUGUGUGUUGAUAGUAGGGCUGUGAAUAACAUUACCAUCAACUAUCGUUUUCCAAUUCCGAGACUUGAUGAUAUGUUAGAUGAACUCCAUAGUUCGAAGUUGUUCUCAAAAAUUGAUUUGCGGAGUGGUUAUCAUCAGAUUCGGAUGUGUGAAGGAGAUGAAUGGAAAACGGCUUUCAAGACGAAGCAUGGUUUGUAUGAAUGGACCGUCAUGGCAUUUGGUCUCACUAAUGCUCCUAGUACGUUUAUGAGGCUAAUGAACGAAGUGCUUAAAUAAUUUUUGGGCAGAUUCGGUGUGGUAUAUCUUGAUGACAUCUUGGUGUAUAGUAAGAACGAAGAGGGGUAUCUGAUUCAUUUGAGGGAUGUUUUUGAAAGCCUUAGAGCUCAAAAACUCUAUGGGAAGCUAGAGAAGUGUUCAUUCCUUGUUGACAAUGUGGUAUUCUUGGGCUAUGUGGUUGCGAAGGAUGGAGUGUCCGUGGAUUAGUCCAAGAUCGAGGCUAUCAAAUCAUGGCCUAGUCCUAAAACUAUAAGUGAGGUGCGUUCAUUUCAUGGUCUUGCUUCGUUUUAUAGACGUUUUAUUCGUGAUUUCAGUACCAUUACUAGUCCUAUUACUAGUUGCUUGAAGAAAGGUGCUUUUGUAUGGGGAGAGGACGCUCAAAAGGCGUUUGAUGUGAUUAAAGAGCGUUUGUGUGCUGCUCCUAUUUUGGCGCUGCCAGAUUUUUCUCAACCUUUUGAGGUCAAGUGUGAUGCUAGUAGUGUGGGAAUUGGUGCUGUUUUGAUCCAAGGUAAGCGUCCCAUAGCUUACUUUUCGGAAAAGUUAGGGGGUGCUCGUUUGAAUUAUUGCACUUAUGAUAAAGAGUACUAUGCUAUUGUUAGAGCUUUGGAUCAUUGGAGUCAUUAUUUGCGUAUAUUAAUGGGCAACAAAAAUUGAGCCCAAGGCAUGCUAAAUGGGUUGAGUUCUUGCAAUCCUUUCAUUUUUCUUCGAAGUACAAAGAUGGUAAAAGCAAUGUGGUGGCUGAUGCACUAUCACGAAGGUAUACUUUGCUUGCUACACUUGAUGUUCGUCUAUUGGGGUUUGAGACCUUGAAAGAAAAUUAUCGUGAUGAUGGUGACUUUGAGUCGCAUUUGAAAAAUGUGCAGUUGGUGCCUAUGGAGAAUAUAUGUUGCAAGAUGGGUUUCUUUUCAAAGGCAAUCGUGUUUGUAUUCCUAAACACUCAAUUCGUGCGCUACUAGUUCGUGAGGCUCAUGGUGAAGGAUUGGCUGGUCACUUUGGCAUAGCCAAGACCUUGGAGAUUUUGAGAGAGCAUUUCUUUUGGCCUAAAAUGUUAGGCGAUGUAACAAACAUUGUCAAUCAUACUCCUCCUCCUCUUCAUCGCCACUCUCAUCAAACACAAAUACGUCAGACUUGUUUCUUUGGUUGAGUUAACUAAUUUUGGGGCAGCCGUAGAAUUACUUGAACCUACGGUACUAGGUGAUGUGUUUGGUUUCAAGAUAGGUUCGGAUUUAGACCAAGACUUGGCCUUACCAUCCAUACUUUACCUUCCCCCAUAUUUUGCUUUCCCUUGGUUUUCCAAUUUUAAACAAAGUCCACAAAGAGUAUCAAAAUUGGAAUAUGGAUAAAGGUCUACGGUAUUGGCAAUAUUGUAGUUUAAACCCCUUAAAAAUCUAGACAGUUUUUGUUCCUCAAUCUCCUCAAUUUCCCCCACUAAGGGCAACUAUUAAAACUCAUCAAUAUAUUCAGCCACACUCAUUUUCCCUUGCCUCAAUUCAGCAAUUUUACGAUAUGUAAUACCCCGCAAUUUUAAACUCGAUUUAUUAAAAUUAAAAAUAUUUAUUAACUUAAUUUUGUUUUAAUUAAAUUACGAAUAAUCGAAUUUCGUUAUUUUAAUCGUUUUUUUUACGAUUUAUUUUAAACGAUAAAUUUAUAAACUGAAAUUAAUUAUUUUCGUUAACGAUAAUUUAUUUUAAGGAAUCAUUUUUAAUUAAACAUUUUAUUACAAAUUCUGAAUUUUUGCCAAAUAUUGUGAAUUUAUUAUAAAAAAAAAAAAAAUGAAAAUGUCAGCUUUAUUUUCUUGCUCCCCACGCUCAAACCAGGAAGUCAACUUCCUUCCUUCUCCUUUUCCCUCAAUCUGAUACACAUUCAUUGCCAAGUUCAAAUUGGAUUCUUACUCCUUUCCUUUACAAAUUCAACAAUCAGAGAUCAAUUUCCUCAACCAAAAACCAAAAUCAAAAACUCCAAUUCCACUCCCCUCCUCUUCUCUGAUUCGAACCACCACCGUGACCACCAUCGAUAACCACCUUCGACCACCACCACCACAGCAAACCACCUUCGACCACCACCACCCCAACAAUCACCUUCGACCACCACAACACCCUCCCUUGCUCUCUCCUCCUCCCGCGUCCCCUGCCUCCUUCUUUCUCCCUCCUCUUUCGCCCCACGCCACCACCACAACCACCGCACCACCAUCACCACCUUAUCCCUCCGAUAACCACCAGCAACCGCGUCCACCCCAACCACCGCCCAGAACCACCCUUUCGUACUCGCUCUCCCUCACAACCCUCCCCUGCUUCCCCUUCAUUUUCGCACUCCCUCCUCCUCUCGCCUGGACCACCACCGCAAACCACCGCCCUCACCGUCGCCUUCCGGCGCUGCGUCGCCCAGCCAGACGCCUCACCCCCCCCCCCCUUCCCUCCUUCCUCCUCGUGCCCUCCUUGCUCCGCCUCCCCUGUUUCGCCCCCCCUCCCCUGUUCUUGACCCAUUUCCCAGGAAACCGAAAACAAAAAAAAGGGGAGAGAGAAAAUUAAUCUCUAAAUUUUGGAGCCUUGAUUUAUUUUUCAAACCUAACUCCAAAUUGGGCCACAUUCCAUUUGGGCCUUGGAAAUUGGACUCGGAGCUCAGGGCGAACGAACCAACGAAAACCCUUAGCAAAUCGCGGAAGUGAGGUACUGCGGGGGAUGAUGGACACGAGUAGUGGCGAGGAGUUUCACUUUAUAUCAUCCACCUAGUUUAUGCUUACAGUUUUAGUAGUUUAAUAGUUUUAAUUAAAGACUCUUAGUAAGUUAUGUAGUUUCAUUUUAAUAAUAUUAAAGGAUUAUUAUAUUUUGGAGUA